GCUCUUCUUUUUGGCUCAAGUGAGACUCAGAAUUGGGUCCUCUUUUUGGCCGAAGUGGGACUCAGAAUCGGGUCCUCUUUUUGGCUCAAGAGCGGAUCAGACUGCCCUGCGUCAUUGUUUGAGUGCAUGCGUUUAGGUAGACCAUAGACUGCUGUUGGUACCACACACGCCGCCGCCGCCGCCGCCGCCGUCCGGAUCCCAGAGGAACGAUUGCCUCCCACGGAUGUGUUUGUGUCUUUUGAACGCGUGCGAGGAUUACGAUCUGCCAGCGUGUUGAAAAAAAAAAAAAAAAAAAAAAAAAAAGCACUUGCCAGCGUGCGGUAGUUAUUUCAUCGGCUUUUUUUUUGCAAAUUGAACGAUCUGAAUUUGACGCUAUCUUUCUCCUCUAGUUGGAUCCCUGCAGUAUUGACGGUAGGAAGAGAGAGAGAGAGAGAGAGAGAGAGAGAGAGAGAGAGAGAGAGAGAGAGAGAGAGAGAGAGAGGACUGCGCAGGAAGAAGGAAGAACGAGCUAUGGCGUCUCCCCCAGAUACGAGUUCCUUGUUGCUGAGCGAUCUGAGCUCGGGCACUUUGGCCGCACUUCAAGAGUUCCUUGGGAAGCAAGCGAAGGGCCAUGGCUCGAAGAACGUGGACUUGGAUCUGGACCAGGUGCAGGGAUUGGACCAGAAGCAGGAAGAGGACGAAGAAGAGCUUUUUCGUGAGAAUUGGGGGUUAUCCCAGUUUUGGUAUGACGAGCAGACGUGCAAGAGAGUCGCUGAGGAAGUGAUGGCGCGCAGUGACGGCGGGAAGACUGGAAUUGCCUGCGUGUCAUGCCCGUCGCUCUUUCGCGAAUUAAGGAAGAAUCACAAAGUGGAACACUUGCACUUGUUCGAGUACGACAAAAGGUUUGCAGUAUUUGGCAAUCAGUUUUCCUUGUAUGAUUAUUAUCAUCCUCUGGAUAUCCCUUCCCAUCUACAUCACUCGUUUGGUGUUGUUGUUGCUGAUCCUCCCUAUUUGAGUGAAGAGUGUUUCGUCAAAACUGCUCAGACAAUGAAGUUACUCGCUAGAGAUUCUACCUCCUCUACCUCUUCUACCUUCUCUACCUCCUCUACCUCCUUUACCUCCUCUAUAUCCAAGUCCAACAACUCCUCCAUCUCCUCCUCUGCCAGCUGUUCGUUUGUGGUCCUGACAGGUGCUGUGCAAAGAGAGCACGUGUUCAGAUACAUUCAGGCGAGAGCUUGUCGGUUCAAGCCGCAGCAUCGGAACAAGCUGGGAAACGAGUUCUGUAUCUAUACCAAUUAUGAGCCAUCGGACAAUUUAGGUGGAUGGGAGGAUGAGAAUGAUCAGCUUCAGCCUGUUAGGACCAACUAAGGAGUUCUGUAUCUAUACCAUAAUUGGUACAAGCAUCGGAACAAGCUGGGAAACGAGUUCUGUAUCUAUACCAUACUUGGUAUCGAUACACUCUGUUACAGUUUGAUGAGAAGGAAACUUCAGGAGGAUGGGGCGACGAGAAUGAUCAGCUUUAGUCAUGAAACUGAGUGACGUUUUUUUUUCUCUCUGUGUCUGUCGUACCACACUCUGUUUCCUUCUUCUUCUCAGACUCCCAGAUCUCCGGCCGGCCGUCAAACG